CAAAGGUUAUCGUCAUCAUCAAAGCAGACCAUCCCUAAUUCCCUCUUCUUCUUCUUCUUCCUUCUUCGUCCCGACUGUCCCUCCACCUUCAUAUUGAUUCCGCCCAGAUCAUCCUCUCCUCGCUCUAUCAAUCCCAUCUCGACCCUUCAAAGUCCUUCUCUCCCACUCCCUAUCUUUUAUCCCCUUCGUAGCCCAGACUUUCGAUUGGGCGCAGCAGGACGAGCAGAACACUACAUCCACCAUUGCUGACUCGGAACAGGAAGAAGAAGGUGAGGAUUCGGCAGCCGAGGAGGGCCCGGUGGCUUCCUACGCCGCCGCCGAAGAUGGGGAUGAUGCAAUUGAGGCGCAGGAGCCGUCGGAGGACGCCAAAGUGUUCGUCGGUAACUUGCCGUACGAUGUGGAUAGUGAGAAAUUGGCUAUGCUCUUCGAGCAAGCUGGAACUGUAGAGAUUGCUGAGGUCAUUUACAACAGGGAGACUGAUAGCAGCCGUGGUUUCGGAUUUGUGACCAUGAGUACUGUUGAAGAAGCUGAGAAGGCUGUCGAUAAGUUCAACAGCUAUGGUAUUUUACGUGCUUUGUUUUUCUGUAAUUUCUGCAGGGCUCAUCGAACUGCCUUGUGCAAGUCUAAACGUGGCAGUUUCAAGGAUACCUUUGCCGAUGAUUUGCUUGCACCAGUUUUGAAGGCAGUGAUAGAGAGAACAAAUCUGAACCCAAGUGAAGUUGGGGAUAUUGUUGUGGGAACGGUGCUGGCACCAGGAUCACAAAGAGCAAGUGAGUGCAGGAUGGCUGCAUUCUAUGCUGGUUUCCCUGAAACCGUGCCUGUCAGGACUGUGAACAGGCAGUGUUCAUCGGGUCUUCAGGCAGUUGCUGAUGUUGCUGCAGCUAUCAAAGCUGGAUUUUAUGACAUUGGCAUUGGAGCUGGGUUGGAGUCCAUGACCGUGAACCCAAUGGCUUGGGAUGGUGAUGUGAACCCAAAAGUAAAAACUUUUGAACAAGCUCAAAAUUGCCUUCUGCCUAUGGGUGUGACUUCAGAAAAUGUUGCUCAUCGAUUCAGUGUGACUAGGAAGGAGCAGGAUGAAGCUGAAGUUGAUUCCCAUUGGAAAGCUGCUGCCGCUACAGCUGCUGGUAAAUUCAGGGAUGAAAUCAUCCCAGUUUCUACGAAGCUUGUUGACCCAAAGACGGGUGAUGAGAAACCCAUCAGAGUUGCUGUUGAUGAUGGGAUUCGUCCCAACGCAUCUGUGGCGGACUUGGCCAGAUUGAAGCCCGUCUUCAAGAAAGAUGGAACCACUACUGCUGGAAACUCAAGCCAAGUGAGUGAUGGUGCUGGGGCUGUAUUGCUCAUGAGGAGAAGUGUUGCAAUGCAAAAGGGUCUCCCCAUCCUUGGAGUGUUCAGGAGCUUUUCUGCUGUUGGUGUCGAUCCUGCCAUAAUGGGUGUUGGUCCAGCUGUUGCAAUUCCAGCAGCUGUUAAAGCUCCUGGUCUAGAGCUUGAAGAUAUCGACCUUUUUGAGAUAAAUGAGGCAUGGAGUGAUAUCCAUCUAUUUUCUCUUCCUAUCUUUGAUAGUCUCAUUCGGAGACUUGCAUGA